UAAUAUCAAAGAGAGCUUCAUCACCCCUACCAACAAUGGCUUUCCCUACUCAUCUCUUACCUUCUAUUUUUGGCAUUCUUGGCAACAUUAUCUCAUUUUGCGUGUUCUUAGCGCCAGUGCCAACUUUCUAUCGAAUCUACAAGAAGAAAUCAACAGAAGGGUUUCAGUCAGUGCCAUAUUCGGUAGCAUUAUUCAGCUGCAUGUUACUUUUGUACUAUGGUUAUCUCAAAACCGAAAAUGGAAUGAUGAUCAUCACCAUCAACUCUAUAGGAUGCGUCAUUGAAACCAUUUACAUCGUUCUCUUUCUCUUCUAUGCAACUAAAGAGGCCUUGAUCUCUACAGUUAAGCUACUUGCUUUCUUCAACAUACUAUCAUAUGGAUUGAUCGUUGGUACAACGCUUUUAGCAACAUCAAAUGGGCCUCAAAGGGUAGCUGUUGUUGGUUGGAUAUGUGCCGUGUUUUCUGUCUGUGUUUUUGCUGCUCCACUCAGCAUUAUGAGAUUGGUCAUAAAAACAAAGAGUGUUGAAUACAUGCCUUUCUCGUUGUCUUUCUUCCUUACGCUUUGUGCUGUUACGUGGUUCUUUUACGGCUUACUGAUCAAGGACUAUUAUGUAGCGACCCCAAAUGUGUUAGGAUUUAUCUUUGGAAUAACACAAAUGAUAUUGUACAUGAUCUACAAAGACAAAAAGAAGCGAGUUAAACCAACGGUUCAAGAACAAGAUGUGCCAGUGCCAGCGGUGGUGGACUUGGGGGAAAUACUGGAAAUGAACGAAAAAGUUAGGGUGGAUUCAGGGGUAAUAUUGGAAAUUCAAGAAAAAGCUAGGGUGGAGCCAAGGGUACUAAUGGAAAUGCAAGAAAAGUCGGGUGUUGAAGACGAAGCUGGUUGUGACAAGAAAGAAAUGGAUAGGGUCUCUUUGGACUUAGAUAGUGAAAUGGUCAUCAUUUCCUCUGUUGCUUAAAGUAGAAAAUCCGAUACAAAAAGACGAGCAUAAUUAAUUCGAAAUCAAAAGGCUUUUCAUUGCUAUAUUGGGUAGGUUGGAGACGAGAUUCUUUAUAGAAUCCCAAGAGCUAGCCGAAUUGGUAGAAGAAUAUCAUACAUAUGUUUGUUUUUCUUUGUUUAUUUUUGUUUUUUAAAGGUUAGAAUAAAAUAUUAAUUAAUAUGAA